UGUACUACUCUCAAUCUCAAUUUCUCAUCCACAUAAGCACUGACGUUUGUUUUUUAUUUUUAUUUUUUAUCUCUAUAUAAAUACACAUCAAUAGAACACUGCAUUUCAAUUCUCUUUACAUUCUUUUCAACUUUCUCUUUCCACUUUCCACUCACUGGAAUCUAUGGAUUCUUCUAAAAACAACAUUUACCAGCCAUUUUUAGAAAACAAUGGAACAUCUAAUUUGUCACCCCAAUUAUCUGAAACCCACAAUUUUGAAUCAAGUAAUGAACUUGAAACUGUACUUUUGGACACUGAAAUACCAUUUUGGAGUAAACUCCGUUUAGCUACAUGGAUUGAAAUGAAGCUCCUUUUUUACCUUGCUGCACCUGCUGUUAUGGUUUAUAUGAUUAAUUAUAUUAUGUCUAUGUCAACUCAAAUAUUUUCUGGUCAUUUGGGUAAUCUCGAGCUGGCUGCUGCUUCACUUGGAAAUACUGGGAUUCAAGUUUUUGCUUAUGGUCUUAUGUUGGGAAUGGGAAGUGCAGUGGAAACACUCUGUGGACAAGCAUUUGGAGCAAAGAAAUUUGAUAUGCUAGGAGUUUAUCUGCAAAGAUCAACAAUUCUCCUAACUCUAACAGGAAUUUUACUCACUUUCGUGUACAUUUUCUGCAAGCCAAUUCUAAUAUUUCUAGGUGAAUCGGAAAGAAUUGCUUCAGCAGCAGCCUUAUUCGUGUACGGUCUAAUUCCCCAAAUUUUCGCAUACGCGUUUAAUUUCCCAAUCCAGAAGUUUCUACAAGCUCAGAGCAUUGUAGCACCAAGUGCAUACAUUUCAGCUGCGACUUUAGCGUUGCAUUUAGUGAUGAGUUGGGUUGUGAUUUACAAGAUUGGGCUUGGGUUACUCGGGGCGUCUCUGAUACUGAGUUUGUCAUGGUGGAUAAUUGUAAUAGGCCAAUUUGUGUAUAUUGUGAAAAGUGAGAGGUGUAGGCAAACAUGGAAAGGGUUCAGUUUGCAGGCGUUUUCCGGCUUGCCAGUGUUUUUCAAGUUAUCAGCGGCGUCCGCGGUGAUGUUAUGCUUGGAGACAUGGUACUUUCAAGUUGUGGUUCUGCUUGCUGGAUUGCUUGAAAAUCCUGAAUUGUCUUUGGAUGCUCUUUCUAUUUGCAUGACAAUUUCUGGUUGGGUAUUCAUGAUAUCAGUUGGAUUCAAUGCAGCAGCAAGUGUGAGAGUGAGCAAUGAACUAGGAGCAAGGCAUCCAAAAUCAGCAGCUUUUUCUGUUAUUGUGGUUACAUCGUGGUCUUUCAUUCUCUCAGUGAUUGCUGCAGCCAUCGUUCUUGCAUUGCGUAAUCUCAUCAGUUAUGCCUUCACUGGUGGUGAAGUCGUGGCUGCAGCUGUCUCCGAUCUUUGUCCAUUGCUCGCGAUUUCCCUCAUACUCAAUGGAAUUCAGCCUGUCUUGUCAGGUGUGGCUGUUGGAUGUGGAUGGCAAACUUUUGUGGCCUAUGUAAAUGUGGGUUGCUAUUACAUUGUCGGAGUUCCAGUGGGUGUUCUUCUCGGCUUUCAUUUCAAACUUGGCGCUAAGGGUAUAUGGUCAGGAAUGUUGGGAGGUACAGUGAUGCAAACAAUCAUUUUAAUAUGGAUCACUGCUCGAACCGAUUGGAAUAAAGAGGUGGAAUCAGCUCAAUAUAGGUUGAAAAAGUGGGAUGACAAGAAAGAAUCAAUUCUAGAGGAAUAGAAGAAUCUGGACAAAGAGGAGAUUCAUACCAAAGUGUUGUUCAUGUUCUCUCACAAAUGGGGAUUUAGAAAGCUUAAUGAUUGAGGAAUAAUACCAAAUUUUGAAUGAAAAUGACCAAGAAAAUCAUGAACUUGACAUAGAAAAAGGUACAAUUGGCAGGAAAAAAUCAUGAACUUGACAUAGUGUAAUAUUUCCCACGCAUUUAAGCUGAUACAUCUCAAUGACUUUUUGAGAAUGAAGGCAUAUUUGUAACUUGUUUGCUAUUUGUUUUCAAAUUUGUUAAAUCCUUGCUUCUUUUUUUCGAAAAUUA